AUGCAGUUCCUCUCGACGCUUGCUUUGGCGCUUGCCGCGACCUCGACCGCCCAGACGCUCUUUGAUUCGGGUCUCCCGGAAGACCGCGCCGUCACGUAUGGUGCUGUCAUCACCCAGAAGAUGCCGUGGGCCGUCCAGUUCCGCGCUGGCAGUCACUGCGGCGAGGGCCAGUCGAUCGAGUCGGUCGAGUUCAUGGUCAACACGCUCAAGGCGACGGCCAAGGACUCGUGGAUUGAAGCCGACAUUUGCUUCUCGGAGCCCGGCACGGGCUUGGUCGAGGGUGUCCCUGGGUGCGCCAACGACUCGACGCCGAUGCGCUUCAACAUUGAGAAGCAGGAGAAGCGCACGCUCCUCAAGUGGUCGCCGCCUGCCAACAAGACGCUCUUGCCCAACGCCAAGUACUGGCUCGUCCUCACCACCAACGUCGAAGACUCGGAGAAGGCCGUGUACUGGUACCAUGGCUCGACGCGCUUCGGUCGCAGCAACGACCCCAAGGACGACGCCCUCGCGGCCACCAAGAUGCUCGUGCCGUGGGGUGGCAUGGACUGGGUCGCCGAAGAGCCGCUCGACCACCGCCGUGUGCCGCACGCCAAGAUUGUCGCGCGCGCCUAA